AUAAUUACAAUGAAUUUAAAAGGCUAUGAAGAUUUAGAUAAAAUCGCCAAUCGUCAUACACAAUUACCAAUUGAAAAUAAUCCUAUUGAAUCGAAUGUAAAUGAACAACCAUUAACCAACUCCCAUAAUCCACCCUUUCGUCGUUUAAUAUCCAUGUCCGAUCCAAAUAUCUAUAAUAAUACCGCCCAUCGUUCCGGUUUAAGUUUAAAUACGCGCGUUAGUCUCGGUUCCAUAUGUCUGAUACGCCCCUCUAACAGUUACUACAACAACAAUGAUAACGCCCACCUGAUGUCUGCCUCACCGUUACCAUUAUAUAAGAACUAUCGCAAAGAACGCACUUUACUGCUGACAUUUGUUUUUCUUUAUGUUUGUUUUCUAAUGAUUGGUGCUGUUAGUUUUCAAAUAAUCGAAACACCUGUUGAACUGGAGGAACGCAAUGAAAUUACAAUUUUGCGUAAUAAUUUCUUGUUGAAAUAUCCGCAAGUUAAGGAUGAUGACUUGGAAGAGUUCCUUAAGGCUGUUAUAACAGCCAAUGAUCGUGGCAUAUCACCACUGCGUAAUGCUACUAAUGAAAUGAAUUGGAGCUUUGGCCAGGCAUUGUUCUUUUCCAGUACAGUGGUAACAACAAUUGGCUAUGGACAUGUGACACCAUUAAGUCAAACUGGCAAAAUAUUUUGCAUGAUUUAUGCCGCCAUAGGUAUACCACUGACAUUGGUACUGCUAAGUGCAAUGGUGGAGAAAUUAUUAAUACCAGCCAAUUGGUUGUUGGGCUUACUCAAUUCGAAACUGGGCCAUUUGUAUCAACCCUUUAAUAUACGAGUCAUGCACUUGACUAUUGUUGUUAUAAUUGUGGCCGUAUUAUUUUAUGCAAUACCCACUGCUGUUUUCGCCUAUUUGGAACCAUCAUGGGGCGUUUUGGAUGCCUUCUAUUAUUGUUUCAUCUCAUUGACUACCAUUGGUUUGGGCGAUUAUAUACCGGGCGAUGGUGUAUCGAUUGAUAAUCGUUCUAUUUAUAAAAUGCUUAUUACAGCUUAUUUAGUAUUUGGACUCAUUGCUAUGAUGCUCGUGUUGACCAUAUUCUACGAUAUACCACAAUUGAAUUUGGGACAACUCUUUACCGAAAGUACCAAUGGUGAAACGGAAAAACUACGCUUGUCCGGCAACAAUACAACAUGUUAUUCGGGACCAACUGGUCUCUAUAUGCCGCAACGUAAUGAAGAUACACGACGUGCCAUUGUGCGUAUACGACCACAUGGCGAUGACUCACCCAGUCCAGAUGAGGCACCCUCAUCCUCAUCGCAAAGUAGAGAUUUACGAAUGCCAUAAAUAAACAAUUGUUAAAUGCCAGUCAUGUCAUGAUAAAUAAUAACUGCUCGUACUACUGCAUACAAAAAAAAAAUACAUAUAAAAAGCAUAAAUACAUAAAAAUAAUGUUAACAGGAAAUCAGUAUGGAAAAAAAAUUACUAGUCUUAUCCACAUACAUACAAGCAUACUAACACACCUACAUAAUCGUUUCACACACACCCAUAUAAGUAAUAAAGACAUUAAUUCUACUACAUAUUAAAUAUAAAAAAAAACAAUUCGAAUAAAAAGAGAAGAUUGAAACAAAGAAAA